AUGGAGAUUGGCCUAAGACGGGGAUACGAAGGGGAGUUGCAACAUGCAGUUGUACGCAGGAGGCUUGUUGAUGCAGAAGGAAACCCAAUGGGUGUAGCAAACAACAACCAGUUACUUGACACGAGACAAUACAAAGUCGAAUACAAAGAUGGAAGCACCAAAGUGCUCGCUGCGAACUUGCUAGCAGAGAACUUAUUGGCACAAGUGGACAAACAUGGACACAGACACUUACUAAUGGAAGAGAUCACGGAACAUCGUUCUGAUGAGAAGGCAGUAAAGAUGAAAGAUGCCUUUUGUCCCCUUGCAAGUGGAGCGCAACAAAGACGACACACGACAGCAGGGUGGGACUUCUACAUUACUUGGAAAGAUGGUUCCUCAAAUUGGAUACCUCUGAAAGAUAUGAAGGAGUCUUUCCCAAUUGAAGUGGCCAAUUACGCGAUAAGCAAGGGCAUCCAAGACGAACCCGCUAUCGCAUGGUGGAUCCCGCACAUUGUUCGAAAGCAAAAGCGAUUCCUUGGCAAAGUAAAAUUGAAGUACUGGGAUUGUACGCACAAGUACGGAAUACGUAUCCAAAAAUCAAUCAAAGAGGCCAUUGAAAUCGACAAAGCAAAUGGGGACACGCUAUGGCAAGACUCAAUUCAAAUGGAGAUGAAAAACAAUUGA